AUGUCGGAGGAACGGAGAGACAUCCUAAAGCUGAGUCGUGAUUGGCUGCCUGUUCAGGAAGUGGUGGAUGCCGUCAGCAGUGCCUCCUGUGGAGCUGUUUCAGUUUUCAUAGGUACAACCCGUGAGGAUGAGGUGGAUGGCAGGAAGGUGAUUGGUCUGGAGUACGAGGCGUACGAGCUCAUGGCCCAAUCUGAGUUCAUUAAACUGUGUGGUGACAUCAGAGAGCGCUGGCCGACUGUUACGCAUAUCUGUGUCCACCACAGGCUGGGGUGGGUAAAGGUGGGCGAGGCCAGUGUUGUCAUGGCGAUUUCGUCACCUCAUCGCCAUGACAGCCAGCAGGCGAUCAACCACUGCAUCUGCCAGCUGAAGGCCAACAUCCCAAUCUGGAAAAAGGAGGUGUAUGACACGCAGGAAGCAAGCUGGAAGGAGAACUCUGAGUGUCCCUGGUCAGAUCACAGUAAAGUUCAGAGAGAAAACAUCAACGUGAACAUGUCGGUGUGAGCUGCUGCAAAUAAAGGGUAGAAUGUCUGAAAGAAACACGAAAGUUAUCGAUCUUUGA